UGAUGGGCGGCCACUCUCCAAGAGCAGCCAAGUUGAGGAUAAAAUGUGGAUAAGUGAUGCUUUAGCGGCUUUGGUGCAAGAAUCCCGAAAGAAGAAAGACCCACUCUCUCUCUCUCUCUCUCUCUUGCUUUCUCUCUUUUUCCUCAAACGAAGUGAAGCGACCACAUCACAUCUUUUGAUUUAUGUCAUAUGGCAACCAGCGACAGACACCACCACCACCACCACCACUUCUCCACCUGAGUUCUGCAACUGAAGGAGGACUUUUCUUCUUGCUGCUGAAGUUUUUUCUCCCAGCCAGAUCUCUGUCAGGAUCUCAAGAAGCAGGGCUGCAUUCCAAUUCAUUAAAGCUAACACUGUAGAAGAAGAAGAAGAGUCUUGCUGCGCUGGCCACUGAGUUUGAGAGGAAUCGACACCACCAUCACCAUCACCAUCACCAUCUCCAGGAUGAGGCAUGUAUCUCUGAGGGGCGUGUCCCUGCUCCUGCUGCUCCAGACCGCCACCUCCAUGGUGAUGCUUCCGAACUCCACGGGCUGGGAGCAGAUCCUGGACAAGUAUCUGGACGAGGAGGGGGAUUGGUGGGAGGCCAAGCAGAGGGGGAAGAGGGCCAUCACCGACGGCGAUGCUCAGCUCAUCCUUGACCUUCACAACAAGCUCCGAGGCCAGGUUUAUCCUCCUUCGUCCAACAUGGAGCACAUGGUGUGGGACACAGAGUUGGAGCGUACGGCAGAGGAGUGGGCAGAGACCUGUCUGUGGGAGCACGGACCUGCCGGUUUACUGCCACAGAUCGGACAGAACCUGGGAGCACACUGGGGAAGGUAUCGUCCACCCACGUUCCAUGUGCAGGCCUGGUAUGAUGAAGUGAAAGACUACUCCUUCCCGUACCCUCAGGAGUGUAACCCCUAUUGCCCCUUCAGAUGCUCUGGCCCAGUUUGUACUCAUUACACACAGCUGGUAUGGGCCACCAGCAGUCGGAUUGGCUGUGCCGUCAACAUGUGUUACAACAUGAAUGUGUGGGGACAGAUUUGGGCUAAAGCCGUCUAUCUUGUCUGCAACUAUUCACCAAAGGGAAACUGGUGGGGCCAUUCGCCUUAUAAACAUGGGACCCCAUGCUCUGCCUGUCCUCCCAGCUAUGGAGGAAGCUGCAAGGACAACCUCUGCUACAAAGAUGACAGCUCCUACCCUCCACAAGAGGAAACGGAAGAAAACAACUUCAUCGAGCCGGAGGCCCCCCGCACUCCACAGAAGCCCUGGUCUAGGGCCUCCAAGCCUGAUCCUCCCAGUCUCCCCGCCCCGGCCCCCACCAAGCCCCCCACAGAGGACCUGCAGAAGAAUGAAGUGGUCAACACACAGCAGAUGUCUCAGCUUGUGACCUGUGACACUAAGCUUCGAGAUCAGUGUAAAGGAACACCAUGUAAUAGAUACGAGUGUCCAGCUGGGUGCCUAGACCGAACAGGAAAAGUAGUUGGGACUGUACACUAUGAAAUGCAAUCAAGUGUGUGCAGAGCUGGUCUACAUGCCGGUGUCAUAGAUAAUGAUGGAGGAUGGAUGGAUGUAACAAGACAAGGCAGAAAGGACUUUUUCAUCAAAUCCAACAAGAACGGAGUCCAGGCUCUUGGAAAAUAUCUAAGUGCUAAUUCCUUCACAGUUUCCAGAGUAGCAGUCAAAGCCAUCACAUGUGAAACCACAGUCGCACAGAUGUGUUCGUACCAAAAGCCUGCAAAGCAUUGUCCAAGGUUGUACUGCCCGAGAAACUGCUUAGGAGAGAAUCCUCACAUAUCCAGAGUAAUCGGCACCAGAAUAUACUCUGAUAAGUCCAGUAUAUGCCGAGCAGCGGUCCACUCUGGAGUAAUCAGGAAUGACGUGGGUGGUUACAUCGAUGUGAUGCCAGUGGACAAGCGGAAACACUAUAUUGCCUCAUUCCAAAAUGGCAUUUUCUCAGAGAGCCUUCAAAACCCUCCUGGAGGGAAGGCGUUUCGGGUGUUUGCUGUGAUUUGAGUGCCCCGGAGGGCGGCUUCACCAAACAGAAAGCACACUCGGGCUGUUGAAUAGGCGGUAAUCAAGCCCUGUUGUCAAACUGAAUGACUGAAAUGUUUCUGGCUUUGCUACACUCCGGGGGUUAGAGGUCGUCUCCAUGGCAGCGUAAACCCAGCAACAAAAACUUGACACAUACACAAUGAGAAACUGUCACUACUCACUCGCGUUGAGCUUUCAAUUUAUCAUCCUUAGCAGGAAAUUUCUGUAAAUAUCUGAAUAUUUUGCUGUACAUAUUUGUAAAUAGCAUUACACUUGUGUCUUUGUGCCAUUACCUUGCCCUCUUAACAAAUAGCUGUGUAUGAAUACUAAUUAUAGAAAUCCUAUGACAUAACAUUAUAAUGGCACUUAAGGAUCAUUUUUAUUGUAAUAAGUCUGGCACAUUUUUACUGGUGCUCUGGAGAGGUUUCUUGACAUAUUUUGUACUUUUUUAAUGAUGGGGGAACAAAUUGUCAUGCAUUUAUUUUUAUAUGAUUAUGCUUUAUAUCAAUAUGAUUUAUAAAGGAUGCUGCUAUAUGUUUUUUUUUUGUAUUAUUAUUGUAUUUGCCAGUGUGAUGGUUUUUGUUUGUUUGGUUAUUUUUUUCCAUAUAAUGUGGUUUAGUUAAAACUCCCUGCAGGUCGGGAAGUACAUUCAUUCCUCAGAGUUGUUAUCCUCUAAAAAAAAACAUAUGUGCCAUUUUAUUGGAUGUCGCAAAAUAUAAAAUAUGAAAAUAUCAUGUUUUCAGGUCAUAUCUAUCCAUCUUCCUUUGACAUAGAUAAACAGAGGCAAUACUAUGCAACAGUUUUGUAGGGGAAUGGCAAUUUUUAAUCAACAGAUAUAUUUGCUCAUAUCUUUUACCAGCUCUCAGCUUUCUUUUAAGCUGCAAUCAAUAUAAUUUGCAAUUCAUUGCAUUUUGUCACUGUUUCUUUGUGCAUUACAUAUUUUUUCCUACCUCAGGUUGUUAGGAAAAGUCCAUUUUGCAAUAAAAUAUUACAACCAC